AUGAGGAAAGAAAGAUGGGUGAGGGUGGGAUUAGCUGUUUGUAUAGGAUGGUGGUGGCAACCAGUGGUGAUGGUGGCGGACGGUAGUAGCUGUUGGUGGUUGAAAGUUCUUAGUUUGGUUUCUUUAGGAAUCUGGGGCCCACUUCCUAACAAAAUUCAACGAUUAAACACACUCGAAUACAUUAAUUUGAGUUAUAAUUUCUUGUAUGGCUCAAUUCCUCCAACUUUUUCAAGAAUGGUGAGUCUUCAAAGUGUGAAUCUUGAUGGGAAUUUCUUGAAUGGUAGUUUUCCUAAAGGGGUUGAUCAACUUUGA